AUGUCGAAGUAUUUGGAGGAAAUAGCGCCAGACGCCAUUGCUCCGCAUGAUACGAAGGAGGAGCUUGACGAACCUCUCAAGCAUCUUGAUACUGUAAUAGCUCUAUACGACUUCCCCGGGACACAACCAUCACAUUUACCAUUAAACUUGGGAGACACCAUUUAUGUUUUGACAAAAUCCGACAGUGGAUGGUGGGACGGGGUUAUUAUAUAUUCUAACAAUGAAUAUGGGAGAGGAUGGUUCCCGCAUAACUAUGUCCGAUUAAUUAAUUAUGUUCAACCGGUGUUGAACAAGUUGAAAAGUAACAAGGAGAUAGAUUCUCUUACAGCAGCCAACACGGCGGCGAACGUUUUAAUACCAUCGUUUACGAACUUAUUACAAAAGAAUUUAGGCGAAUCUGAGAGGAACUCUCCUGCUAAUAGUACUAGAAAAAAUUCGGUGGUGAGUUUUGCCAGUUCGGAGACCAGUAUUCCAUCAGAUCAAAAAGCUCAGUCUAUUUUAGGGCUGGGAGCUUCAAAUCACAUCCCUUCAGUCUCAGACACCUUAAACUCGGUUGAACUUAACCACGAAGUUGUUUUUACUGAUGUUGAAGAGGCGGAACAUAUAUUAGAAAGUUACAGAGACGAACAUAGAAGAAACGUCAUGUGGCUUCCACGAUACACCACUGGUGGUGAUGUGGUAUAUUAUUGCCACGAAUUAGACCUUUAUUGCCAAACUAUACCAUUGACAACUUUCAGGUCCGAUAUUGAUACAUGUUCGGAUGCGGCCAUUCCACCGAGAGAUGCAAUAUACGAUGCUACUAUUUUGAAGCGGGAUUCAGAAUUUUCCCCAAUAAAUGAAAUGUCUGACGCGAUUUUGACGAAGACAGAUAGUAAUUCGAGUUCAUCCAAAGACUUCGAUCCAUUGAAAAGAGAAUCCAAUGCAUCGUCUCUAAAUUCUCAAAGUACUUCGGCCAGUGCAUACCACCAUUUCUCCCAACCAUUGUUCUGUAUGGACGACUUAUUCUAUUAUCAACCCAGUGAUUUAGGGUCUUGGAGUGAAUUGAGGGGAAAGUUCCAGUAUUUUUUAAAUCUAUCCUACAAGGCAUUAAAGGAUUACGAUAAGCAAUUAUUCAGCACUCAUUUCUCGAGAUUGAACAAAAUCAUAUCGUUUGUUGUAAGCGCUACAAGAUUAGUCCAGGAGGACUUUGUUGGAACGAAAUACGAAAAAUCAAUAAGAAGAAAAUUGAAAAGAAUAUUGAGCUCUUAUUCACAAAUAUAUUCAAAUGGACUUUUGCAUUUGAGUGUAAUGUAUUAUGACAAGAACGUACCAGAAUCAAGAUUGUUUAGCUUCAAUCUUUCCAAAUUUAAAGCUAGGGCAGCAAGCACGGCUCAAGACAGCCCCACAUCAUCUAUUUCGACCAUAAAACAAGACCCGGAAGACCAUUAUUUCGAUUCUAACAAAUCGUCUAAGAAAUUAUCUAGGAGUGAUAGUAGUUUUAUUUCAUAUUUGCAACAAAUUGAAUUUGAGAUUGAUAACUUGAAGUAUGAUAUGAACGCAUUGAUAAAGGUAUUUCGAAAGUUAAGUAUUGGCAAAAGAAUUAAGAAGAGCGAUUAUGAUGGCUCUGAUCCUUCUGGAGAUGAAGGAGAGGAUCGUUAUGACAUUUUACCCCAAGUAUAUCCUAGAUUUAUCGCUGACGAAUUUAAUGGUGGAAAUUGGUGCAAUCCGUUUUUUGAGAGUAAGAAUACAGUUUUAAAUGCUAGUGGAGAUGAAUUAAAGAACAGAUACCAUCUGAAAAUAAUUAUAGAUCGUGAUGCAUUUGAAACUAUCAGAAGCUAUACGGAAGAGAUGGUUAAGUUGAGUGAGGAAACAUUUGAAUAUAUCGAUCCCAAAAUACAACAUUUAUAUUACAAUUUGAUUUUGAAAAAUGAAAGAAACACCCAGAUUCUCAGGCUUAUAUACAAAUAUUUAUAUUUUGCAAGUCUGAUGGUGGAUAUGAUCGAAUCAUUUGAUUUUACUGUCUUCUGUUUGAUUCAUAGAUAUGCUUCGUCCGAGGACGAUGCCGACAAAGUUAUGAGUGAAUUUAAAGCUUCACAACUAGAAUCUGAGUCAGAAAUUACCAGUAAUUUAACCUUUGACUAUCCGGUAGUUCUUGAGUUCUUCCAAUUGAAACAACAGUUUCAUGAUAUAAUUUCAAGGAUUGUAAUGGCAACACAAUCGUUGACCCUUGAAGACCCGGAUGUUUUUAAAGGAAUUAAACAAGAGGAUCCAUUGUAUUAUGAUCGUGAUAUUCUAAAAGAUCCAAACGAAAAGGCAGCGAUGUUGUUAUCUAAUAUAUUAAUGGAACAAAAUAAUAAUGUUAAAGGGAAGUCAAUUUCGCUAAAUUGUGAUUCUUUGAUGUAUACAUAUUUAACUGAUGGCUUUAGAUUAUUUGAAUCACUUUUGCCUAUUAUUCAGCUGUUAAUUGAAGAGAGAGAAUCUAUAUUAAACUAUGCCACAAGAGUUAUGCACAAUGACUUGAAUGUUCAAUUAUUAUUAAUGGAAAGAAAUAAUACCGUUCUAUCAGAAAAGUCAGACGAAGGCCACGCGUAUUAUGCAGGUAAAAAACAAUCAGAUGCUCCUUGGUACUUAGAAGGGGAUGAUGAAUAUGAUCUUUUGUUAGAUAUUAAAGGAAAUAUUAAAGGUGGUACAAAGCAGGCGUUAAUAGCGCAUUUAACACAUCAUGAUUACUUUGAUAGUAAUUUCAAUAGUGCGUUUUUAUUGACUUUUGCGACAAUAAUGCCAAUAGGUGAAUUUGUAGACUUGCUUAUAAAUAGAUUCAACUUGGAAGCUCCAGAGGGAUUAAGCUACGAGGAAUAUAAUACUUGGAUAUCUAAAAAGCAAAGUCCAAUUAGACUAAGAGUGAUGAAUGUUAUUAAAUUAUUGAUAGAAAGAUAUUGGGCCAAUUCAUACUACGACGAGACUGUGCUUAGUAAAUUGCUAUCAUUCGCUCAGGGUCCUCAGAUUAAACUUUUUUCUGUUAGUAAGGUUUUGCAGAGUCAUUUACAAAGUUUAUUGAAUCAUGAGAAGGUAUGUUUCGAACAAGAGCCAAGUAUUCCUACUUCUAAACCUCCACCGCCGUUAAUUAAAGGUUACCCGAUGAAAAAGACAAAAUUAUUAGAUAUCGACUAUAUUGAACUUGCAAGACAAUUAACUAUAAAAGAAUUUAAAUUAUAUUCUAAGAUAACGAAAUUUGAAUGCUUAACUAAAGUUUGGGGAAACAAAUCAGGACUCCACGAAGACAUUCUGAGCAUCACAAACUUUAUUAGAACAUCUAAUCAAUUAACCUAUUUCGUGGCGUACAUGAUAUUGAGAAAACAAGAGGUGAAGAAGAGAGUUCACCUAAUAACCUAUUUCGUACAAGUUGCAGAAAAAUGUAAACAGUACAACAAUUUCUCUUCAAUGACUGCCAUUAUUUCAGCAUUAUAUUCUUCCCCUAUCCAUAGAUUGAGUAGAACUUGGAAGCAUGUUCCUAUUGAAGCCUUGACUAAUUUAAGGAAUAUGAAUAAGUUGAUGAAUUCUUCACGGAAUUUCAAUGAGUAUAGAGAUGUGUUAAAAUUUGUCGGAUCAGAGCCUUGUGUUCCAUUUUUCGGUGUCUAUUUAAGUGAUUUAACAUUCGUUUACCAUGGUAAUCCUGACUAUUUAAUGAAUAGAUCCAGAAUGAUUAACUUUGCCAAGCGUGCGAAAACUUGUGAAAUUGUAACUGGCAUUGAUAGAUUCAAAAGCACUGCUUAUAAUUUACAAGAAGUUGCCGAGGUUCAGGAAUAUCUUCUUUCUUGGUUUGACAAAUGCCCAACUAUAGAGGAACAAUAUCAAUUGUCCUUAAAUUUGGAACCUAGGAUAAAUGUCCAUGGUAACAAUGCUGCAAGAAAUCAGAAAUAUUCAUCGGGAACGUUUUCAUUCGGGAAACACUAG